GAAGAGCCAGCCGCACCUAGGGUUGACGAUGCUGUCGCGCAGCUGAUAUCGCAGUUCCAAGGCAUGACACUAAGUGUGGAGCAGUUUGACUACCUCCGACAGAGCACCCCGGCAAUACGAAAGCUAUUCGAGAAGCCGCAGAACCAUGUAGAAGCUUAUCGGAAGCUGGUUAUCGGAGUGAAGAAAGCAGAUCCGCCUGUACUCGAAAGGAAUGAUGGCAGCUUCCAAUCGAUCUACCCUCCGAUCAUGAAAUCGCAAGCC